AUGCAGGCACCUGAUUUCGAAGUAGUUUCUCCACCAACUGACAGUAUAUCUUCACUCGCUUUCUCACCUCAAGCGGAUAUUUUAGCUGCAGCUUCUUGGGAUAGUGCUGUUAGACUGUAUGAAGUACAACCCACAGGAAAUACUGUACCAAAAGCAUCCUACAACCAUGAGGGGCCCGUGUUGUGUGUGGAUUGGAGUAAAGACGGAACAGCAGUUGUCUCUGGUGGAACAGAUAAGGCAGCUCGAAUGUACAAUAUAGUGACUGGACAAAGUACUCAAGUAGCUGCCCAUGACGAGCCGAUCAAAGCUGUCAAGUUUUUGGACGGACAGGCCAAUAUACUAGCAACUGGAAGUUGGGACAAGACAAUCAAAUACUGGGAUACGCGGUCACCUACACCUGUUGGCACAGUACAGCUACCAGAACGGCUUUAUUCGAUGGAUACCAAGAACGGCUUAUUGGUUGCAGCUACGGCUGAUAGACAUGUACUUGUAUUCAACCUGAGUAAUCCAACGACUAUAUACAAAAAGACAAUAUCACCUCUUAAAUGGCAAUCACGCGCUGUGUCAUGUUUUAUUGAUGGCAAAGGGUAUGCGAUUGGUUCAAUUGAGGGUCGUUUAGGUAUUCAAUACAUUGAUGAGGCUGAGAGCGCUAAAAACUUUUCAUUCAAAUGUCACCGUGAUGAAACAAAGAAUGUAUAUUCGGUCAAUUCGAUAACAUUUCAUCCAGUAUCAGGUACCUUUGCUACUACAGGUGCAGAUGGAACAGUCACUUUCUGGGACAAGGACAGUAAGCAGAGAUUAAGCUCAUUACCAAGACAAAACAACACGAUCGCAUGUGGUACAUAUAAUAGAAACGGAACUAUUUUUGCAUAUGGCAUAAGUUAUGAUUGGACAAAGGGUCAUAAGCUUUAUCCAACUGAAGGGUUAGUCAACAGGAUUAUGCUUCAUGCAAUGAAAGAUGAUGAAUGGAAGCCUCGCAAGAAAUAA